AUGACUUCGUCGAGUCAAUCAUCUAGUGUCGUUUCACUGCAAUCAUCGACAACAACACCGUACCUUAGAUUUGCUCAAUUGGAAAAAGAUACAGAUCUCAAUGAACGGAAAAUAUAUUUUAAUAAUGAAUUGGAACAACUACUAGCAUUUUGGUUAAAUGAAAAGAAAAAGAAUGAUAUUUUCGGAAGUUUUCGUACAGCUAAUUUACAUACAGAUUAUUUGGGUGAAGUCGACGUUAUAUCCGAUGCUGAACAUAUUAAAAAGUUACUCAAAGUUCCAUUUAAUAAACAAAGCCAGAUAAGUAUGAUUGUACACAGAGCUGGUCGUACAAUUUUAAUCGAUGAAUUUGACGUACACUCCCAUUUAUUAAGACUGGAAAAGAACGAAUGGACAUGGUUUCGUGACUUUUUUCUUGAUACGAUCCUUCGUAAUAUAACAGUAAAGCAUUUUUAUAAGAAAAACAAAUCGAGACAUAAAUUAAUCAGUAAAGAUCGUUUUGUUAAAUUUCUUUGUCAAAGUAUCGAAACCCAAGAUGAUAAUAAUCUUCCAAAAUAUCAACGUCCAGAUUCAGCCUCUAGUGAACCAGUUUCUCCAACACCUCAAUCAACAAUCGCAGCAAGCUUAUUACAGAACAUCAAUGAUCUUGUUAAAAAUAGCACUGACAGCAAUAAAAAUAAUGGUGAUAACAACAGCAGCACAAACGACGACAAUCUGAAUAUUGAGAGCGAUAAUCAACAAGCUGAUAGUACAAAUGAGACUACUUCCAACAAAGCAUUGCAUCGUCAUGUACUAUGGACAUUUGAAAAUAUAAAAAUGUUGAUUGGCUCGGAUUUACCUAUAUUUGGAGAUGACCAACAUCCAGCAGUUAGUUUACGACUAAGAGAUAUGCAGAAACCAAUUAAUGUUUUAACAGGCAUUGAUUAUUGGUUAGAUAAUUUGAUGUGUAAUGUUCCUGAAUUAGCUAUGUGCUGUCAUUUGGAUGGAAUAGUACAAUCUUAUGAAUUAAUCAAAACUGAAGAUAUUCCAUACCUCGAAGGAUCAAAUUUUCCACCAAGUGUUAUCAGAGAUUUGGCAACAAAUUUAUUAUCAUUUCUCAAAUCGAAUGCCACGAAGGAAGGUCACACUUAUUGGUUAUUCAAAGGUCCGGAGGAUGAUAUUGUUAAAUUGUAUGAUUUGACAAGUUUAUGUCAAACCGAUCGUGAUGAUAAUCCGUAUACGCUUCCUGUCGCAUUGUUAUUAUACAAAAUGGCAAGUAAUAUGGUGACAGGCAGUGAUCAUGACACUCUUUCAAAAGAAUCUGGCACAAUUCGUACAUUAUUAAAACAUUGUUUGAAUAUGUUAGAUCCAAAUAAAUUU